UCACCACUACAACGUCCAGCACGCCCUGAACCGGAUUAUUCACAAACACAGAACUUUGGCGGUGGCCCAUCAAAUGUACGCAUCUCCCGACCCGUCUAUGCACCCGCACCGGUACAACCUGCCCCCGCCAGUGCACGCGCUAACAACUUCUUAGGUCCGCCAUCCGGUGGUCGUCCCAUAUUGGAUCAGUUUGGACCAGCGCCGCAGACACGUCCGGUGCAACAGGCCGCACCAGCGCCGCUACCCCGCUAUCAACCACAGAUCAAUCAUCAACCGCAGGCGCAGGGACGCGCUGGUGGCGGUGGUGGCAGUUUGUUGGAUCAAUUAGCGCGAGAUUAUGCUCUACCACAAGGCAAUGCCCAGCCUUUGCAUGAUAUUUCAUUUGGUUACUAUUGAGCGGAUAGUCAACGUGGGCUUUUCGGAGUUUUGUAAAUGUAUGUGUAUAGUAUUUUAAUAAAAUCGAAAAUCUGAGAUUGUAAA